UUAGUACCGGUGUACCUCAUUUGGUUUCAAUCUUUAGAGUUACACAAGUAUUGAGAGAGAUCACCAAACGUCGAAGGGAAACAUGGCUAACUCAUUUGCAAGUUUAAAUCCACAGCUCAUCGUAUCUUUCGGGGAGAUGCUCAUUGACUUUGUUCCAGACAUUGCUGGUGUUUCUCUGGCUGAGUCCUCUGCUUUCCUCAAAGCACCUGGCGGUGCACCCGCUAACGUUGCCUGCGCCAUCAAGAAGCUCGGCGGCAACUCUGCCUUCAUCGGCAAGUUUGGGGAUGACGAGUUUGGGCACAUGCUGGUUGAUGUCUUGAAGAAACAUGGGGUGAACACUGAUGGCAUCUGCUUCGAUCCCCAUGCCAGAACUGCACUGGCAUUUAUGACCCUGAAGAAAUAUGGAGAGAGGGAGUUCACUUUUUAUAGAAACCCUAGUGCUGACAUGUUGUUGAAGGAAUCAGACUUGAAAAUGAGUAUGAUCAAGCAGGCCAAAAUAUUCCAUUAUGGGCUUCCUCUUUGGCCUUCGCCUCAGGCUGCUAGAGAUGGGAUCUUGAGCAUAUGGAACUAUGCAGAUUUCAUCAAGGUGAGUGAUGAUGAGGUAGCUUUUCUCACUCACGGAGAUGCUAGAAGGGAAGAUGUUGUGUUGUCUCUAUGGCAUCAGAAUCUCAAGUUGCUUAUUGUCACUGAUGGAGAGAAAGGUUGUAGAUACUUCACUAAGCAUUUCAAAGGAAAGGUCGAUGGGUUCUCAGUGAAAACUGUGAAUACAACAGGAGCUGGUGAUGCAUUUGUUGGAUCCAUUCUAGUCUCACUGGCCAUGGAUACUAAUUUUUUUCAGGAUGAGAGGAGAUUAAGGGAAGCUUUGUUGUUUGCAAAUGCUUGUGGAGCAAUUUGUGUAACUAAAAAUGGAGUAAUUCCAGCCCUUCCAACAAGAUCAGAUGCUCUUGGGCUGAUUAAGUCCAAGGGCAUGCCCCUUCUCACAAAAACUUGCAUGAUCUUUUCUUCCCUUGCUGUUGUAGCUUCAAUUUUAGUAUUUCUUCUAUACAAAGCUAAAUAA